ACUGCCUGGUUGUCUCCCAUUCUUCCUUAGACUCAUCGCACUUUUAUUUUGUCUUAUUCUCGCCAAAGUCCUCACAGACUAGACAGGAAUCCUAGGCUUCCAGACAGCACACACAUAGAUCUGUAGUGCUGUUCAUUUGACUGAUAAAGUCAUCACACAGACCCACUUCCCCAAAAUACUAUAUAAGUGAACAUGCAGAUCCUUCAACGGCUCUUCAAAUUGGCACAUGAGAAAGAAAGAGAGAUCAUCUUUAGUCCUGCAGCCUCCAAAAGGGAAACCGUCGGAGGUAAAGAUCUGAACGCUCGAUGGAAAAAUAUACUUCUACAGAAGCAUCGAAGGGCAUACAGACGAACAAGUGGUAGAGGAAGAAAGCAUGGCUGGAACAAGAAUGUAAGGAUAUUUGCAUUCAUAUGUACGAAGGACAUUGCUAACUCUUGCCUCUGCAGCACUAUUAAGUCAAAGAGAGUAGGAGACUAUAACAGAAGACAACAUUUUUUGCAUUCUACGAAGAUGAAGAGAGAAGAAAUAGAAAGAGGAAUAGAAAACAGUAACAAGGUAGAUUCAGUUGCUCACGUGGGAAACAAGGUUUUGCCUAUAGCUGAAGAAAGAAGUGAAGGCACCUCAGAAAAUCCGGAUCAGAACAGAGGCGAUAGGAAGAAGACCAUUUCAAGGAUGAAAGAGCUACUUAGAUGGGCUGCGGCUGUAAAAACAGAGAAAGGACGAAAACUUAGUGGAAGGAAGGCACUGAGGUUCAGAAGAGGAGGAACCCUUAAAGCAGUUCAGGACGAUGGAGAAGUAAGCAAUGAGUCACCCAAGAUCAGUUUCGGAUGGGAAUUGGAAAGCUGCUCCACCACUUCCUCUGCCUUCUCAGCUAUCUCAGUAGCUUCCACGUCAAAAACUGAGCAAUCCAUACCUUCAUCGAUUUCUAACCCGCAUGAAGAAGUUGAUUCUAUCAUUUAUAGAAGGAAAGGCAACUGGAUCACAACAGAUUCUGAAUUUGUGGUGCUUGAACUAUGAAGAAGAAGCGGGGAAGGAAGGUGUUCCAUGCAAGGCUAGCGGUGAAAGUGCUAAAGAGAGAUCAACUUCAUCUAAUUAAUUACGUUGAAUAGAGAUCACCAAAAAGAAAAAGGUCAAUGGGUUUUGUUCGUUUCCAGUUUCCCUGAUCAGAAAGAGAUUAAGGGAGAUUCUUGCAACCGCUAGAAAAUAGAGAGAAGACGAGAGAUGUAGUAUCAUUGCCUCUUAUGGUCCAAAUACAGUAGGCAUGGGGUCAAAUGUAUCUUCCCAUGUGCAGGAAAUGGCAAAGCUCAUUAGGAGUUCGAUCAAGCACAUUAAUAAAUUGUUGACUGAUCUAGAAGAAGCCACGUGCAUAUGUUGUCCUUUUUGGUGAAACUGGAACAUAAUGCUUUUGUUA